UAUUACUUGCUAGUUGAAAGCGAACUGUGGCCGAUUCCCGUUCUAGCGUUUUAAUUACAAAAAAAUUUUACAAUUUUAUUUCUGUGUCGCAAACUUUCUGUUUUGUUUCAUCAGAAAAUGUCUACGCAGCGGAAUACACAAAAAAGUCUGGUUUCGUCUGCUCCUGCUAAUUCAGCGCCCAAAAAAUAUGCCCACACUUGUGAAAUUCAUAGCGAAGAACCGAAGCGAAGAUGCGAGUACCAACCGAACAGCGUACGAUCUUCAAUACAAAGUGAGCUACUUUUGCUGGAAGAUUUUAACGGUGGAUUGUUGCAAAAUAAUUGUCAAGCUUUGAGUAGCAGCGAUAGCAUUUCAACAACAGCAAGCACUCCAUGCUCAGCCAUAGAAUACAACCAGAGUUUCUAUCGUGUCCCAGAGGAUUUACUAGCACGUGGUGAUUUUAUUGCUUACCAAAGUGCCGAUAUAGCAGACUUCUUUAAUUCGACCACAAACAAUCACGCGAGGCCUCAACGUGUUUCAGAAAUUUGCUUAGUCAAUGAUCACUACAUUUUCGUACAACUGCCUGAACCCCAAUUUGGAUACAGCAGCAGGAUGGAUACGAUUGUCGAAGAGGAGGGUAGUAAGACUGACAAUUGUGAACGAGGAAAAGGCUUUUUGCGUUAUUUUCCGUGCCAAAGAAACCGUCGCGUAUUGCCAGCGGGGGCAGUGGAAAGAAUAAAAGAGUCCGCCGAAAGCGCGACUACCGAAAAAAAACGUUCAAUACCAAAGUGUCCACUAGCGCAUUGCUGUUGGCGAGUAAAUGAAAGCCCCGAAAUAUUUGAAUCGCGCACAAAGAUUUUUGGUGUGUUAUGGAAACAGAAAAUACCUGCGAAAGUCAUAACAAUACAGCCAACUAAAAGUGGCAUGGAAGCUCCACUUGAUCUACGCAUCAAGUCUGUACGCAUUCCCGAGAGUUGUGCAUCAGUUGCAGAAAAUAAUAAUCAAGUUGACACCGGCAUUUUCGGCAGUCCUUUAAAUUCGCCUUCUAAAGCUACACCACUGCCUGUGGUUGGUGGUGCACUACAGACAUCUAUGCAUGAUGCAAUCACACUGGAGCAACAUGCCAAUUGGGUAAAUGGCGACAAAAUUGAUUUGAUGCAAAAUGUGGCAGAGAAGAAAUUUUCAUCAGUAGUGGACGGUAAAAAUACGAAAGCGAAGCGACGCAGGAAUUUGUUUCAUUGGCUACCCAAACGUUCAAAAGCCCCGAAGCCCAAAUCCAAAAUUCACGCUGUCAUUUAUAAAACAUAUUUCGUUCGUUGGAAAAAGCCACCUGAUGAGAUGUGUCCACAUUGCGGUUGCUUAAGAAAUGAUGAAUCCUCUACAGUUGCGUCCUGUAAAUGGAGACGGUGUCAUUCGGCUACAUUUUAGAGGGUGCCGUAAAUGUAAGCCUUGUGAUAAGGAGUUAAGAAACAGAGGUUGUGAAUGUACAUUAGUAUUUACAUUAUAAAUA